AUGGCGAAGGAUCAAUUUGAAUUGUUUGCAUCUUGUCUGUUAACUUUACGUUUAUUGGGUAAGUUUCUUGGUUUCCUGACCUUCUCACCAUAUCAUUCUGUUCACGGUCUACCUGAUGAUAUACAGACCAACUAUAUAGAACUCAGAAAUAAUCAGCCAAAUCCUAUAGAUAUAUUAGAGUUAAUGGUGGUCAGUAUAAAUACAGAAAGAUUAAAUAUUACAAUACCAUGGAUAAUAGAAUAUCUUAGUAUGAUGGAUAGAAUAGCUCCUGUAUUAAACUAUUAUCAUAGAGUUUUAUAUUUAUUACAAUAUAUACAUAGACUAUCAUGGAAAUCAGUGAAAAAGGACAAAUAUAAUUAUGGAUGUUUGAUGUUAGUUUCAAUGUUGGGUUGGUUAUUUGAAUCACCUAUAAUGCCUCAAGGUAUAUUUAAAAUGGAAGAAAAAGAUGAACUACAGAACAUUAUAGCUAUAGAUAGUACCAACUGUUCACUGAAACCUGUUGAUAAUUUAGACCUGGUCAGUCAAGAACUUCUGUAUACAGUAUGUCCAUAUUUAGGUGAAAUAAGAACAUUAUUACUAGAGUUUGCUGUGGGUGCUAAUAGUAAAUCAACCAUACGUAAAAUAACACCUGUAUCAGCUGAUGAUUUACCUGAACCAGAAACUGAUAGAAAUUUACAGACUCAACUGGAAGAGAACUUUUUUCACAAUCAUCCAGCAAGUAUGAAGAGAACUGUGGAGUUUGUAUCUGAGAGAACUGCUUCUAAUUUCAUCAAACAUUUUCGAGCUACAGAUUUACCGUGGUCUAUAUCUGAGGCAAAGUCCAGAGUGAAUAGUUUAUUACAGACGUUGAAUAGUACUGUAGUUUCUCCUACCAAUAAAAUAAAGGACCAGAAUCAUCAAUUAGAAUAUAAGAAAAUAGCCCAGAAUCUAUGUGAAGAAGUGAAGAGAAAAGUUUCUAAUACCAAAAGAGAAUAUUGUAGCUCGAGAGUGAAUUCAGCAUUGAAAUUAUUGCUUCCUGACGAACAGAGUUCAGCUGUAACCAAUAUGGCUGCCAGUAUUUGUUGUCGUUUGGCAGAAGAAAGAAUAAAAUCAUGGAUUACUAAUCAUAUUUCUACAGCAAUGUAUUUAAAAGAAGUGAAUACUGAAGCAGAUAAAGUUUUUAAAAAGUCAUUAUUAGAACAAUCAUCCAAUAAACAAAUUAACAUAGGAAAUAGACUCGAUCUACCAGUAGCAUUAUUGAAUACAACAACUGAAGCAUCGAGUUCUUUAACGAAUGUAACAACUAAGUCAAUUCUAUCUCAAGCUGUGUUGAUACCUGUAUGUAGUGUAGAAGAUAGUCAUUAUAAACAUAGAGAAGAUGUUAUAUCACUCUCUGAUUUAUUACAUACUAUACAGAUUAUGAAUAAAGAAAUGGUAGUGAAUAGAUGUUCUAGUCCAGAUUACACCAGACUGAUGAUGGUUAUGGAACAGACACAUCAUGUUCUACUAUUUAAAGAGGACACAGUACCACAAGCUGUUCGUUCAUUAGCUCAGUUAAUUUUAGAUUUAGCUAUCUCAAUUAUUAGCUAUAUGCCUGAGUUAAUUACGGUAGAGUUAUUGGAUUGUUAUAAAAGGUUGUAUGAAACGGAAUUAAAAGAUGUAACAAUAUUUUCUAUAGUUUCAUCACCUAGAUGGUUUUACUUAUUAUAUACUAGUCCAAAUAAACAGAAAUGUGUUCCAAGUUAUGUUUUAUUUAUGUGUUUGUUGUUGAUGGAGAAUUUAAUCACAAUUGAUAUCUUUGAAAAAGGCUGUAUAAAAGUGCUAAAUUCAUCAAAUGUAUAUAAAGAAUUAAUAAAGACAAUAAUCUGUGAUAUAAUAAAAUACUUUAAUUCUAACCAACAAGUGACUAUAAAGUUCAGUAGUGAUAUAUUAACAAUACUACAAUUAAAUAAUAAUAAACAUGAUUUACAGACAGAGUUAUCUCAUCUUGCUAUACAUCCUAAUAUGACCCAAAUCAUGAAAGGAAAGAUAUAAACUCUAUGACUCAUAUAAAGUCAGAUUCAAUGAAAAUGGAGAAUAAAUUAUGAAUAAGAGUUUUACAAUUUACUCUCUGCUCUUAAUUGGAAUAACAGUGUCACCCAAUGGUGUUAAGAAUUAAUGAUUGUGAUAUAAAGAUUGGUGUGCCAAUGAAUUGAAGUGAAGUGGUACAGACUAAUUUUCAAUGCUACAAUUUUAUCAAAUGACAUUGACUUGCUCCUUACAAAAAAAAUCAUGAUUUUCUUUAACAUUUUUAACAUUUACCAUAUGUCUUUCUGUAACUUAAUUCAUGUUUUGAAAAGCUGGAAUAAAACUUUUGAAAUUG